AUGAGCAACGAGUCGGUCCCAGGAUCACCAUUAAUAUCACCUUUAAUGUCGCCAACUUUACAAACGUCACUAAAAUCUUCAUCAUCAUCAAAUGAAUAUUCAACUUCUCUCGAAGAUGUUGAAAAAAAUUUAGAGAAUCUUGAUAAUUUCUUGGUUCUAACUGAAGACAUUUUAUGCAGAGAACGUUAUAGAGAUUGUGAACUUUAUCAAAGAGAAAGAAAAAGAAAGAACAAGUGCGUAAACGCUGUGUCUGCAACACCACCCUUAAGUUUUAAAAAUGGAAAAAUUUUCUGUCUGGGAAAUGAUGGAACAAAGUAUAAUCCUUCAAAUGUUCAGUUGACUCAUGACAUUGUCAAGCAAAUAAUAAAUGAUCAAAAUAAUUAUUUAUGCUUCGAAAACAACUAUCCGAAUUCAGAAAGUUCCAAACAGUCUUCAUUUCCAUAUCAGAACAAAAUUGUGAAAAAAAAUGAAGAAAAUUCGCGUGUUAUAGUUUUUGAAUCGAAAAACAGUCAAACUGAAUGCUUAGAAAAGGAAACAAAGGAAAAUAUUGAAAAAGAACAAAACAUUGAUGAAAAUGACACCAAUACUGAUACCAAAGAUGGAUUAAAAGAACAUGGAAUGGACCUAAGUAAUUCUGAUAUAUUCGGAAAUUUACAUAAAAAUGAUUUGAUGCAAAAAUCAUUACGACGUCUCAUUGGAAGAUUUAAUGAUCGAGCAAAACGAAUGAGAAGUAAUUUAGAAAUGCCUAUAACACCUUCAAGUUCUUGCAGUAAUUUGAAAGAAUCUAAUAUUAAUAAAGAUUGUCAUUAUGAUGACAAUGAAGAUGUUGUUGUGAUGGAGUCAAAUAAUGAACAAAAAUCUAUUGUAGAACAUCAAUCAAACAACAAAAAUAGUCCUGAAUUGAAGAUAAACUACGAGGAUAGUCAAAAAAAUGCAACAAAUUUACGCCGAACAGUUUUUUGCUUCUCUGAUGCAGUGCUAGAUCCGCAAGGUAGAUUCUAUAUUUCGUGGCUUUUCAUAGUCACACUUUCAUUUUUAUAUAAUGCUUUUGUGAUUCCAUUGCGAACAUCGUUUCCUUUUCAAACAACGGAAAAUAAACACAUUUGGAUAAUAACUGAUCUUUGCUGUGAUGUAAUUUAUCUAAUUGAUCUUUUAUUUAUAAAACAUCGUACAAUGUAUCUCUACGAGGGAUUUUGGAUUCGUGAUUGUCAACUUACACGAAAAAAUUACAUGAGAAAGCUACAAUUUAAAUUAGACGUUUUUUCGCUAAUUCCACUUGAUCUUCUAUAUUUACAUCCAUAUUUUGGAACAGGCGCAGUUUACUUGAGAAUUCCUCGUUUACUGAAAAUUCAAUCAUUUUGGGAAUUCUUUAAACUUUUAGAUCGAAUAAUUGCUUCCCCUCACAUGCUUAGAGUCGGAAAAACAUUAUCAUAUAUGCUUUAUAUGAUCCAUUUAACUGCUUGUAUUUAUUAUGCAGUCAGCUACUAUAAAGGACUUGGAUCUAAUAGGUGGGUCUUUAGUGGAAAGGGACAUCCAUACGUGCGCUGUUUCGCUUUUGCUACCAAAACAGCUACUUCUAUUGGAAAAAACCCAAAACCAUAUGAAGUUGAUGAGUAUUUGUUCAUGACAUGUGCAUGGCUCAUGGGAGUAUUUGUUUUUGCGUUGCUCAUAGGGCAAAUUCGUGAUAUAAUUGCUACAGCUACACGUUCCCAGUCUGAAUAUAAACAGCUUGUCGACGAAACUCUUGAAUAUAUGAGACGUUUAAAUUUACCUACCGAAAUGCAAAGACGGGUGAAGCAAUGGUUUACAUUCACUUGGGAACAACAAAGAAGUCUUGAUGAAACUCAUAUUCUUGACACACUUCCAGCAAACCUUAAAACAGAUAUUGCUAUUUCUGUUCAUAUUCAAACACUUUCAAAAGUUCAGCUUUUUGCGGGAUGUGAUGAAGCUUUUUUAAGAGAACUUGUUCUUAAACUUCGUUCAGUUAUUUUUUUGCCAGGUGAUUAUGUUUGCCGGAAAGGAGAAGUGGGUAAAGAAAUGUAUAUAAUCAAAACUGGCCAAAUUCAAGUCUUGGGAAGGACUGACGAAGUUUUGGCGACACUUUGUACUGGACAUUGGUUUGGUGAAAUAAGUUUACUUGAUAUUGGCGGUUCUCAGGGCAACAGAAGAACAGCAGAUGUUCGAUCUAAGGGGUUUUCAAAUCUGUUUGUUCUUUCUAAAUCAGAUUUGCAGGAAGUAAUCGUGCAUUACGAAGAUGCCAGAGCAGCUCUUGAAAGUAGAGCAAAGGUGAUUCUAAAAGAAAAUGAAACAAGAGAUAAGGAAAAUGAAAAAGAUAUUUCUCCUACGUCAAAAAUAAAUAAGAGUACACAUGUUGUUAUUAGUAACCCUACGAAACCAACUUUCCAGCCUAAAUUCCUCGACGCCGUCAUACAAGCUUUACCAGCUUAUUCACCUGCACUGCAGUUGCUAACUAAAGGAUCAAAGCGUUACAAAAAUAAUCAAGUUGGAAUUAUACCUACAGAAAUUUCCUUCCAAAAUGAGCUCAAUGAAAAAAAAGAUAAUAAUUUUGACUCUUGCACUAACUUAACAGACACACAAAAAGAAAUUUUCAAAUGUGUUAGAAGAAAACAAAUCAGCGUUGAUAAUAAUCCGGAAAAUGAGAAUCAAGUUGAAUCCAAAGUGGAAUGUCAUGAAACUUUAUAAUAAGAUUUACACAAAUAUCUGUUAUACAAUAGUCUGGAAUUUAGUAAGGCUGGUUAAGCCACAGAAAAAGAUCUUCAACAUAUUAUCCAAAAAAACAGACAUUCAAAUUUAAUUCAUUUAAUGAUACAAUAAAUUUAGCUGUCUAAUUACUUAAU